AUGACAUCAGCGAGAGAUUCUCAAAAUAAAGGGCCUCUUAUUCUUGUGGUCAUGUGGGUUGUAACCUGCCUUACCACUGCGAUAGUGGCGACGAGGCUCCUUGUCAGAUCCAGAAUGGUGCGGAUGGUUGGACUUGAUGACUGGCUGAUUUUGAUAUCCAUGGUCUUGAGCUUUAUCUUUGUGGUGUUUGUUACGAUUAGCAUACGUUAUGGAUUUGGAAAACAUGAGGUCACUCUGACGCCGGAGCAACUCCGCGGUUCAAGGCUCAAUGCUCAGAUCGGCUCACUCUUCGGAAUACUCGCAAUCUCAUUUCCGAAGCUCGGGGUGGCGGCGAUGCUCAACAGGAUUCUUGUUCCAACUCGUUUCCACCGCAAUGUGGUCUGGCUCCUGAGUGGAUUUAGUCUGCUGGUCGGCUUCAUCUGCUUUCCUGUCCUCAUGACUAUUUGCCGCCCUCACCGGGCAACGUGGGAUAAACGCGUCAAAAAUCCCAAGUGCAGAGACCCUUCGUCAUCCACUAACUAUUUGAUAUUCGUUGGAGCGGUGUCUGCGUUCGUGGAUCUGUACUUCGCAAUUGCUUGCGCCGUGGCGAUUGUCAAAUGUGUGCACCUGCCAACUUUGAAACAGAGAGUCGACACCAGUUACAGAAGCAGUGAUUUGAUAAUUUGGACCCUUCUCGAGGCGGACACCGUUAUUAUGGCAUCUUGUAUCCCCACGUUAAAGCCUCUUUUGCAACUGUUUCCAAAAAGGAAGACGAGCCCGCUAGUAUCUGCGAGCUAUUUCUUCAGCGCUGUUCACCCCGGUCGCAGAAGCCACCGAAGUAGUUUCUCCGGCGAAAGCCAGCAAUUGAAAGAGCUCGCUCGGCCUUCUCACAUCCAUGUCAACAGUGCCCCAAGCGAAGAUACAGUGCUUCCAUUGCCUUCCGAGCAGGGGGACGAGCGAUCACUUGGUCCUUGA